UGGGCGCACACUUUCGCAGAGUGCAGUUUGAACUCGGUCAGGACACAGGUCCGAUUUUUUUAGACAAGUCUCCGCCUAAAAAAAAUGCGCUUUGAGGAACUGAUACUCUGAGGAAUUACAGUAUUCUUGGACGCCUUUGGAAGAGUAAAAAAAAAAAAAUGUUAUUUGUUUCUUCAAAUGGGAAUUACAUGCGCGCGUAAAACUUUCGGCGAACUUUCCUCCUCAGUGAAUCCUCUCUGAGCAACGAAACGCGAAACAUCAUGCCGGAGCGAAUCAGUAUCUCGGACUUUGUGGUCCUGACAAACGAGGACUUGUCUUCGCCGGGGACUUCGAGUUUCCAGUCUAAAAUGAGUGACUGUCGGAACACAGUUUCGACCGUGGAGGAGUCUCUUGAGAUGGACCUCACGACUCUACAGAAAAUGAAGAAGAUGAUCAAAACUAUACACACCUCUGGACUCGCUCAUGUGGACAACAAAGAGCAGUAUAUCGAGGUGCUGGAGAACCUGGGGAACAGUCACCUCACGCAGGACAACAACGAAGUCUCCACCGGCUUCCUCAACCUGGCAGUGUUCACCCGAGAGGUCACGGCCCUCUUCAAAAAUCUGGUGCAAAACCUCAACAACAUCCUAUCGUUUCCUUUGGAGAACGUGCUGAAGUCGGAGCUCCGGGACGGCAGACUAGAGCUCAAGAAACAGAUGGAGAAAAGUUGGAAGGAGUAUGACAUCAAAAUAGGGAAGCUCGAGAAGGAGAGGAAGAGCAGGCAGCUGGGGUUGAUCAGGACGGAGGGAUCCGACGGAGGGGAGGACAUAGAGCGAGAGAGACGGACCUUUCAGCUGCAGAUGUGUGAGUAUCUUUUGAAGAUCCAGGAGCUGAAGGUGCGUCAGGGCCCGGAUCUCCUCCAGAGCCUUAUCAAAUAUUUUCAGGCCCAGCUCAGUUUCUUUCAGGACGGCCUGAAAGCUGCAGAGAAUCUGGCUCCGUUUGUUGAGAAGCUUGCUGCUUCUGUUCACACGGUGCGUAUGGAGCAGGACGAGGAGGUCAAACAGCUCACACAGUUGAGGGAUUCUCUAAGAUUACUCCUGCAAGUGGAGGGGAAAGAGGAGUACCUGAACAGGAAGAACUCUGGCAACGGUUACAGCAUCCACCAACCACAGGGCAACAAGAAGUAUGGCACGGAGAAAUCCGGCUUCCUGCUCAAGAAGAGUGACGGGAUCAGGAAGGUUUGGCAGAAGAGGAAGUGUGGAGUGAAAUUUGGCUGCCUGACAAUUUCUCACAGUACGAUCAAUCGACCUCCAGCCAAAUUGAACCUCCUGACCUGUCAGGUGCGUCCGAACCCAGACGACAGAAGGACCUUUGACCUGGUGACUCAUAAUCGUACGUACCAUUUCCAGACCGAAGACGAGCAGGAAUGUAUGAUCUGGGUGUCAGUCCUGCAGAACAGUAAAGAGGAGGCCCUGAACACGGCGUUAGGAGGAGACCAGCUCCACCUCCAGGACAGCGGGCUUCAGGAACUUUCCAGAUCCAUCAUCGCUGAGCUCCGACACAUGCCCGGCAACGAGGCCUGCGCUGACUGUGGAGCUGCAGAUCCAACAUGGCUGUCGACCAAUCUGGGCAUCCUGACGUGUAUAGAGUGCUCUGGCAUCCACAGGGAGCUGGGGGUCCACUACUCCAGGAUCCAGUCCCUCACUCUGGACCUGCUGAGCACCUCUGAGCUUCUGUUGGCAGUCAGUAUUGGCAACACUCGAUUCAAUGACGUCAUGGAGGCGGGCCUUCCAAACGACUCUGUCAAACCGUUGCCACAGAGUGACAUGAAUGCCAGGAAAGAGUACAUAGUGGCAAAGUACGCCGAGCGGCGGUUUGUCCAGCGCAGAGAAGAAGCCGAUCCCGUCCGGCUGUAUGACGCCGUGAGGAGUCAUGACCUCGCCUCUCUCCUGCAGCUCUACGCUGAAGGAGCGGAGCUCGCCAAACCGCUCACACUCCCCGACGGACAGGGGAUCAAAGAGACCGCUCUCCAUCUCGCUGUCCGUCUGGAGGACAGAAGUUCAUUGGCACUGGUGGAUUUCCUCUGCCAGAACAGCAACUGUCUGGAGAAGAGAACAGCGGAAGGAAACACGGCUCUUCACUACAGCGUCCUGCAUUACAAGCCAGAGUCUCUCAAGUUACUGCUCAAGGCAAAGGCAGCUCUUCAAACAGUUAACUCAGCAGGAGAGACGGCCCUCGAUGUUGCCCGGAGGCUGCAGCGUUCACAAUGUGUCGAGCUGUUGGAGCUGGCCCAGAGUGGGAAGUUCAACGCCCAGAUCCACGUGGAGUUCAUGUGGGAGACGCAGUCACAGGAGUUUUAUGACAGUGAGGAUGACCUGGAUGAGAGGGUCAGCCCGUUACCCAACAAACGCUCUCCUCUGUCAACGAACGGAGGCGGUGGAUCUGCCUUUUCUCGCUGGAGUUUGGUUAACGGUGCCAAUGGAACUUCGGCAAGCAGGCCAUGUCAGACGUAUGAGAAUAUAGACUUUUUAUAUAACAGUUCCCCCACCGGAGCGACAGCACCACCGCUGCCGGUUAAAUCCAUCCAGAGAGGUCGCUCGGACCCCCAGAUUUCGGUGACGACACAGGAAGGCAACCCCAUCCCACGGCGCUGCUCGUCCAGCCCCCAGACGCAGGCGAGACACAGCACGCAUUCAGCCGUCACAGAAACACAAGGCCAAGCGGGGAGACCACCUAGGUCUCCUCACGCACAGGGAGGCUUAAAGGGACAGAAGCAGGCCUGGGAGGGUCAACCCGGCGCUAGUGGCUCCCAAAGCAGCGUCGCGUCGACAGCGUCCUCUCAGAACCACAUGGGGCCCGUCAGCUCUGAGAAGACCACGUCGUAUCGCCGGACCAGCAGCGGAGGAGGCAGUCAGGGGAAGUGUGGCGUGAUGUCUCCGAGUUGUGUGGGCAGCCAGGAGGAGCUGUACUGCAGCUUAGUGGGGAACAGUCCCCCGGCUCCUGCUCCCCCCCCAGCACCGUCAUCCUCACCCACUGUGGGCUGUGUCCCGCGACCUCGCAGGAAUGCUAUGGUUUCAGGCAGCAGGCCACAUCACAAGCGUGUCAAGGCUUUAGUGGACUGUAGAGCGGUCAGUUCUGAGCAGCUCGCCUUUUUUAAAGAUGAGAUCAUUGUGGUCACGGCCACUAGUGACCCCCACUGGUGGGUCGGUCACAUCGAGGGGGACACGAGCAGGAGUGGGACAUUUCCUGUCAACUAUGUGCACAAACUGACAGACUGAAGCAUCAUGGGGAGUAUAAAUGUAAUGCAUGAUAAUAUAGCAGAACGAGUCAACCGGCGCGGGAUGUUUUCUGGAGCUUGUCGCAACAACACAAGAGGAUUUAAACCCUCAGGAGAGGAUGAUGUUAUUCUCCUGGACGUAAUGGAAACUGAAAGGUUUGGCAAAGAGACAGUUUUUCCCCACAACAUGAUGCCAAAGGACACCUGAGGAUGUACGCUCUUUUAGGGAAUUAUAUCCUUAACAUAUACUCAUUCUAGAAAAUCUACAAGGGAACUUAAAGGUUGUCACUGCCACAUGAAACCUCUCUGGUAACGACAGAGUUAUGUGCUUAGUGUUUUUAACUGAAUCCUGUUUCUCCAGUUGUGUAAAAACAUGAACAACUUUUUUUUUUUUUUAAAUGCAUUUUUGGAAACUGCUUUAAUUUCCAUUUUACCUUUAAACAGAUUAUAUUUUACAUUUUUAAGUAAUCCAUACUGAUCUGGGAUCUGUGCCUAGAGGAAAAAAAAACCUCCCUAAGGAGAAAAAAAAAACAUUUCAGGCACUUUAAACUCACAGAGAAGAAAUCGUGUGAAGAGUUGGCAGCGCUGUACACAGCCAGCUGCUGUACAGAGAUGUAGCUGCUUAAUGAUGUUGAGUCUUUUUGAAUCAUAGUAUACUCAGACUUUGAUUUGAGCUCCAAAGCCUGUCUAGUGUCUGUUGCAGCCUGCACCGGGACUCGUAUGGCUUUGUGCCUGCCGGUCUGUCUCCAAACAAAAAAUGGGGCAGGCGUCUGGGCGAACCCGGGGAGAGAUCUGAAACUUUUAACUCACCAUCGUGAAUCUGGGCACAGCAUGCAGACUGCAACGAGAGUGGAGGAUCUAAUUUCUUCUGGCUCCAAGCAUCUUGUCUCCGGAGAACGGCUCUAAAUGGCUCUGUGUCAAAAAAAAAAGAAGGCUGCUCUACCAGGAAAUGGCACUCUGAAAAGAGCGUGUUAGAAACAGCACCCCGCUGCAGUCAUUUGUUCAGUGUGUAUUGUAUACACACACACACUUGACAGCGUGUGCGUGCAUGUGUGUGUGUAAUACACAAGCACUCUUGCACUUACUGAACACACAAAGUAGCUUCCAGAUUUUAAGGAACCUUUACCUGAGGGAAGGAGAGGUGGAACUGCUCCACUUUUUUUUAUACUAGUUACACAAUGUAACACAUUUCACACAAUUUGUUGUACAUACUUGUCUAAAAAUGUCCAGAGAUGUACAGUAUAUAUAUAACCUGUUGUAUGCAUUAUAAAAGGAUUGAAUCAUUCUA